AUGAAUAGAUGGUCUCCUCCCCUAAGGGGAAGACUGAAAAUUAAUAUAGACGCUUCUGUUUUUCCUGGUAACCAUUUUGCUGGAAUUUCUCUAAUAAUCAGGGAUUUUACAGGUCAAUUGGUGGAGGCAUGUAAACUGGUAGAAAGGGUGAGGGAUGUAACUCAGGCUGAGGUUGUUGCGGCGCUUAAAGCUCUUCAAUGGAUCAUUCAACUCCAAAUCCAAAAUGUCAUUGUGGAAGGUGAUAACAAGAAAGUCAUGGAUAGCAUCAAUGGCAUGUGUAAUAUCUCCCCAUGGGAAGAUGGUAAUCUUAUUAAAGAGUGUCAGCAUCUAGUUAGUUAUUUAGGUAAUGCCGUGGUUUGUUUUAGAAAUAGGAAGUAUAAUCAAGUGGCAGAUCUUCUUGCCAGAAAGAUGUGCUCCCAAAAUAGGACUGAUUUACUCAAAUCUCUUGUAACAAGUGAUGAAGCUUCUGUCGUCAAAGAAAUCAUCGAUGAAGAUUUCAUCGCUGGAGACAACAAAGAUGAGGAUUUUACAGUUGGAGAUCAUCACUAUCGAUUUUAUAACCCAACCCAAUAG